GCUAUUACAUCGAACGUGAAGAUGGCUCCUAGACCUCAGGGAUUACAAGUUGACGAGAGUGUCACUGGCCUACAAGUCACUACAGGUUUCACCGACAACUCUACUCAAACCGAAGCAGUAGAAACUGCAACAACUGGCAUACAAACUAUUUCGAGAGGAGUUGAUGCCGAGACUCAAACCAUUGGAUGUUGCAAGUGCAACUGUGCAAAUGUCAUACAAACUGUUGGUGCCGCGACUCAGACUCUUGGUUGUGCGAGCUACAAGAGAAGUGAAUCGAACUUGAAAAAAGCUGGUUCAAGCUUGAAGAAGAGCGAAUCUAGCAGUAGUUUGAAGGAGAUGUUCUCGAAGAUACGAGUUGACCUCAAGUCGGCCUUAGAGUUGAAUGAUGUUGAGGUUGACACUAAGGAAGCCGUCAAGAAGGUGGAUGUUGUUGGCGAUGGGAAAAAACCUGCAAAGAUGUCUCUAGUAAUACCACCCCCACCUCCACUCCCCGCCAUGCCAGCACUGGUGGAGAAAUCUUUGCUACCAAAUUUUGUUCUCAAGGACGCUGAAGCCAAGCCAGCAGCUGAAGUCAAGGUCACAGCUAUUCCACCGCCGCCCCCUCUGCCAAUUGGAGCAAUUCCACCGCCACCCCCUCUGCCAAUGGGAGCUAUUCCCCCGCCGCCCCCUCUGCCAAUGGGAGCUAUUCCCCCGCCGCCCCCUCUGCCAAUGGGAGCUAUUCCCCCGCCGCCCCCUCUGCCAAUGGGAGCUAUUCCUCCGCCACCGCCGCCUCCAAUGAUGGGCGCCUCCACUUUCCCCAGCAUGAAGCCAGGCGUUGGAAAUGCAGUGUUGAGGAAAAGCAAGACAUUGCCGCAACAGAGCACCAUCAAGAUGAAGACCCUCAACUGGACCAAGGUUCCCAAGCAGAAGAUUGCAAAAUCCUUGUGGUCAGACAUGGAAGUACAACUGCCAAUUCUAAAAGUGGACUUUAUUAAGAUGGAGGAGCUGUUCUGCCAGAAACAGCCAACAAAAUCAGCUGAUGCCUCCAAGAAUCAGCUGACAGAGAAGAAGGUGCAGAAAGUGAACCUGUUGGACAGCCAGCGCAGUUUCCUGGUUAACAUAUUUCUCAAGCAAUUUAAGGAAGAUGUUGCGUUUGUCCUGGAAUCGAUUAAAAAUGGCGCCGGUCUACCCGUCGAGAACUUGAAAUCGUUGAUGAAACUCAUGCCCGAAAAGAAAGAGAUUGCUGAAAUACGCGGUUAUGCCAGCAGCAAAAACCUUGGGGAAGCUGAGAGCUUCUACCUGCAUCUGUCUGACAUCGCUGACUACGAGCUGAGGGUGCAGGCAAUGCUCUACAAAGCAGAAUUCCAUGACCGAUACACUGACGCAUCUGGGCAUUUGGAGAAAGUGAUUGAAACCUGCGAGUUCCUCAUAAAUGAUUGCAGUCUCAAGCAGUUCUUCAAGCUCAUCCUGCAACUUGGAAAUAAACUGAAUGCUGGAACUUAUGCUGGUAACGCAGAUGCGAUCAAGAUCAGCUCUCUGGCAAUGCUGGCUGACACAAGAGCCAAUAAGCCAAAGAUCACAUUUCUGCACUAUGUGGUUGAUGUGGCUGCAUCCAAUGAUGCCAGUAUGCUAGCAUUCAGAAGCAAGGUUGCCGAUUUCCAGAGAAUGUCAAAGACACCGUUUGCAGCCCUCGAAGAGGAGGUGAAUUCAUUGGUGGAGGGAGUAAAAGACAUCAGCAAGAGAAUCGAAUCGAGCCAAGUGUCUUCUCAAUUCGGUGAUUUCUUCCACAAUGCGAAACAACAGGUGGAUUGUCUUGUCAAGAAAUUGAAGAAAAUUCGAGAGGUGAAAUCUCAACUGGCAGUUCACUUGUGUGAGGAGCCUGCUGCUUUCCAGCUGAAUGACUGCUAUCAGCUAUUUGCUGACUUCUUCACCAAAGUCAACAAAGCUUUUCAAGAAAACGAUCAGAUGAAGAAAUCUGAGGAAAAAGCUGCAAGAUUGAAAGCUGAAAAGUCGACCAACAACAAGAUUGUAAAAGCGAAGAAAAGAACAUUAGACAGCCAAGUCGAACAGCUCAUCAACGAAGCGAAAAAUGGGGCAUACUAGAUGGAGUAACUACUGGAUCUACGUGCUAGAUGUAAUAGCAUGAAUGGUUCAACACACUAAGAAGUCACCUAAAGUUAGCUAAUUCUUCAAUUACAAUAGACAGUAGAUUGUCUUGCUCUGAUGAGGUGAUAUGUAAAUACUGUAGUUAUUUAAUUUCUAAUGUCUAGUCUAAAGUCGUAUAUUCUCCUAGUUUUAAGAUAUUGAAAAAGAAGUUUGUGUUUAAUUUGAUUCAACUCGCUAAUCUUUUAGAAAAGUCACAACGCUAUUCAUGACUAGGUAUUGAAAAAUGACGAUAGACAAUGUUCAUUGUCUUAUUCUGUUUAUGUAUCUGUAAAUAUCUGUGUAUGCAUUUUUUGGGUUUUUAAUUUCUAUACUUGAUUUUAUAUUAGUUUUUGAGUAGAGUUUUAAUUGUUUAUUUGAAGAAAAUAUAGAGGAAGUGUAGUUUUAUAUUUAUAUUUCAAGAAUACUAUUUUAAAUUCGACAAUGAUUUAAACGGCAAGAUGCAAUAGACUUGCUUAGUAUUUUUCUUUGUAGGUGGCUGUUGAGACAUAUAGGCUUUUAAAAUUAUUUCAUAUUAUAUUAAAAUUUUAGUACUUUGUCUGUUGAUCUAGGAUCAUGUCGAAGGAUAGAUUAUUAGUAUUGAUCUCAUCUCAAGUCUGAAAAAGAAUCAGAGUACCGUAACUCAUUUAAGACUGAAAAAGUUUUAGUCUGAGAAUAUUUUAAAGUAACUUGAAAGUCGGAUUGUAAAGUUUGCUUUAAAAUGCAUGUAGUCUAUAAAAUUAUCAUUGUUUAGAAUAGAAGUCACUUUGAUAUUGAUAAAGUUUUAUAAUUAAUAUACGAUUAUUCAGAAUCAUGGAAGUUAAAGACCUACCUAUAUUGUAAAUUUAGAUUUGUCAAACUAGAUGAUAUCAAUAUAGAAAAUAUAGUAAUUUGACUGGUGAUGUCACAAUAGCUUUAUAAUCAAUGAUAUAAUAUUCCAAUGGUGUAGGCUAAAUUUUCAAAAAAUAUUUGAUGUAACCCAGAAGAAGAUGCUUUUAAUUAUUUGAAGGAUAAUAUUUAAUUUUGAAACAGAUUGAAAAUAAGACUUAUUAUAUCAUUAUUCUGUGAUAAUGGAUCUCAGGGAAUAUAUUUUUUUAUCAACUUUUAAUCUAAUUAUAUGUAUAAAUGAUGCUUGGAAUAAAUACAUAGUGAUAAUUAUUAAUUGAGAAUAUAAAUUAAGGAUUCAUUGAUAAUAGAGAAAAUAAUUCUGUUAUAGUAGGUCUUGUAAUAAUAAAUGUGAUAGAUGACAGUAUAAUAUAGCCUAUAUGUUAGGUAGUAAUUAAUGAAUGAAGAAUUUUAAUUAUAGUUCCUAAUAAUUUUGCAACUGAAGACUUUAAAACAUAUAAGAUUACUAAAAUUGAAAAAUUAUAGAUUCUCAGCAUCAGCCAUUUGAAUAGGUAGUGAUAAACUCUAUCAAUCCAUAGAUUUUAAUUAUUUUUCAAAGUGAUAAUAACGUUGAUGAUAGUUAGAAAUAGCAAAAGGAAGGCUGAAAGGUGCAAUAAAAAGUAAUCAAUGUGUAUAAAAUUGUAAUAAAAAUAUGUGAUAAGUGAAUACCGGUGCUCACAAUAGUUUUGUAGAUCUCACUCAUAAGUAAUAAUAAAUAUAUUAAUCGUUUUAAUUGAAAAAAACAUGUUAUGAGUAAAUACCAGUGUAUCCUAUGCGUAGUUUCUGUCAAUAUUGAUAUCAACUGCACUCGAUGUUCAAUGAAUGUGUGAUAAUAAAUAAUAGACCAUUUUCAUA